AAGUGUUGGUAGCCCCACGUGAUACUUGUCCACUUGAGCUCUACCUUAGGUAAGGUAGUAGGUAGCUCUCACGAACUGAUGAACGGGAACGACCUCUUUUCUUGAUUCAUUCGUACCGAUCAUAUUCUACCUAAUCAAGUUCGUUGCUGUAACUAGCCUUAAUUCGUUCUGUGCGCCAGUCCUCCUUCAACGACAGUCGUAUUACACUUUACCGCCCUCACCUCACCACCUCAGGCUCCCCCAAUACCGCGUUAAAGCCAUUAAGCCUGCUCAGCUGUUAGCCCUGUGUUCCUUGAACCCCACGCCGACUAUCAAUACCGCAUGUUCUAGAUCUCGAAACACCAUUUCCAUCCAACUCCCGUCAUCAUGACAGACGCCGAGAAGCUUGAGCUUCCCAAGGGUGCUCCCGUUGAGGACCCUGGAGCCCACGAACUUGGUAUGAUGGCACCGAUUUUCGGACAAUCGACCACCCUUGCUGACAUGUUGUAGCUGAGGAGUCCGAAUCCGACGACCAGUUUACCGAUGCUGCAUCUGGCGCGGGAAGUCCCAAGAUUAGUUCGCCAAUUCCCAAGACCCGGGUCGAGAAGGUCGACGAUCAGCCAUCACACGGCGAGGUUCCGGGAACUGAAGCAUACGAGAUGCGGGGGCAAGAUGCUCAGCCUGACGAGAUUGCGAUUGCUCCAGAGACGGGCGCAUCUCAAAAUGCUCCCUCUACGCCCGAAAUCAAAGCUCCCACGACCAUCGUAGAGGAGGCUCCUGGGGCUAGAAGCCGAUCGCACUCAAUUCAAUAUGAGGAGAGGCGCAAAGCAGAUGCUUCUCCGGACAUUCUCGUGGAUUCUGAUGGUCAGGUCAAGGAGAUUCAAGGCGAGAGCGCACAUGUUGACAGCAAUUCUGAUAAUUCAAGACCGUCACCCGAUACUACAGACUCGAAAUUACAAGAAGAUGGACCUUCUGAAAGCCCCCGUGCCAUAGCUGCUUCUUUGCAAGAUGCUGACGAUGAUGAUGACGAUGACGAUGACGAUACACAACAAGAUAAUGACGGCGACGACGGUUUCGGCGACGACUUUGAUGAUUUCGAGGAGGGUAAUGAGGACGAUGACUUCGAUGACUUUGAAGAUGGCUUCCAGGAAGCAGAGACACCAGCGCCCACUGCCACACAGCCUCCGCAGCAGUCUACAUUACCAUUCUCCAUACCCGAUUUUGAUGGGCUCGAUCCAGAAGCAGUCGUAUCUGCCUUGGAGCCUUUCCUCGCUACUCUAUACCCUCCAGAAGAACUCGAUCUUCCUACAUUCCCUCCUCUCUCCAAGGACUCGGUGUUUUUUACAGCAAGGUCCGCAUCUCUCUGGUCACAACUGGUAGCGCCACCUCCUCUCGCACCCCCUGAUUGGAUCCGCUCUCGCACACGCCGCCUCUUUCUCGUGUCACUCGGUGUUCCCGUCGAUCUCGACGAGAUCCUCCCAGCCUCUAAGCAGAAGAAACUCGUCCUUCCUUCUCUCAAUGUCCCCUCAUUGUCCCCUAGAACGUCUACAGAUUCCCGGUCUGUAUCUAGGUUACGGCAAGGCGAAGGUAACAAUUCAUCUACAUCAGUUGAUACGCAAGGAAAGCCAUCAGCCUCGACAAGAAAGCGGCGCGGGCCUCCACCACAACCCGAGCUAGACCUCGUAGCUGCUCGUCAUUUAUGCCAAACAACAGACGAAGCGCUUGAUGGUAUGACUGAUGAGGAAUUAAAAGCGCACGUAGCCAAACUGGAAGGUUUGCAGGAAGCGGCCAAGGAAGCUUUGGAAUAUUGGAAGAAGAGAACUGACGAAAAGAUUGGCGAUCGCGAAGCAUUCGAAGGUGUCAUAGAAAACUUGGUCAAGCACGCGCGCAAAACGCGCAAAUAGAUGUUAUAUAUACUUGGAAGUUUAGUCAUGAAAUCUCUUCAUUUCGUGCUAUGAGCGUUUGGCUAAAACUUUUGGGUCUCCCUGUGAGGUUGGUGUAACCUCGAUGCAUUUACAGCGUAACUACAUUUCUCAUCCGCUAGUCACAGCCACAUGUUCUUCGGAGCUCGUGGCAUGGACUCAUCUAGCUCCCCCUAUUCUUUCGUCCCCAUGCUCUCUUGUAAAAUACCACCAAACACCAGGCCCCCCUCCAGCGCCAACCGUCUACUCAAAAUGCCUUCUGGGGCUUUGCCUCUGCAAUUGGGCGUUCUUGAGCUCUUCAUGUCAUGUAGCCGGGAAAUCAUGCGAAAAAGCUGCUUAAGUCGUUCGUUGGUCUAGGUGGAAAGUCUAAGCAGUGCUGGGCUCGAGGGUCACACCACUGUGAAGGAGGUCAGUCGAAUUAUUCUGUAUCGGGGAGGGGGGCUCAUGUAUGUGGAAACUUACGCAGCAAUGGUAGCCCAACCAAUGAGACGCCAAUGCUUCUCAAUACGUCUGCUCAGAGCAACCUUUUCGCCGAUGUUGGUACAGGCAGGGCUGGUCAGGACAAGCUUAGCAGCGUCGUUCUUGAUGGCAGCAACCUUGGCGCCAGUGGAGGUAGAACCAAUGUUGACCAUGAUAACCUCGUUCUUAGCGAGCUUAGCAACCUUGGCUUGUUUGCCAUCGGCGGUCCUCACACCGAGCAGGCGGCGGAGAAGGUAGAAGUUGACCUCGAUCUCACUGUAGAUCUCGGGAAGGCGGCCCUUGAGACCCAAUACGAAACCGACCAGACGAUCGGCUCGGCACAGAGUAGGAUCAAUUCGGGUGCCGACACCGAUGAGACCACCGGGAACGGCGUACUUGAGGUCGUUGGCUUCGGAGUUGAGCGAGACGACUCGGCUGAAAAUGGGAGUGCACUUUAGGGCACCGCUAUCGUCUCGGGAGACAAUACCAGGUCGGAUCUCGAUCUCAUCACCAAGCUUGACAACACCGUGGAGAAUAGAGCCACCAGCAACACCACCCUUGAGGUCGUCGAUCUCGGAACCAGGCUUGUUGACGUCGAAUGAUCGAAUAACGAUCAUAUGAGGGUCUAUGCUGAAGUCUCUGGGAGGAACGGGAAUGGUGUUGACAAUGGCCUCGUUGACGGCAUCGAUGUUGAACUUGAGCUGGGCAGAGAUGGGAAUGACUGGGGACUUGCCGGCGACAGUUCCUCGUAUGAACUUGAGGAUGGAUUGGUAGUGCUGCUGCGCAGCCUCUUCUCGCAUAAGAUCAACCUUGUUCUGGAGAAUGAUGAUCUUGUCGAGCUUCAUAAUCUCAAUAGCAGCCAAGUGCUCGGAGGUCUGGGGCUGAGGGCAAGAUUCGUUACCGGCGAUGAGAAGGAGAGCGGCGUCCAUGACGGCGGCGCCUGACAACAUGGUGCUCAUGAGAAUAUCGUGACCGGGGCAAUCGACGAAUCUGUAAACAUCAGUCAUUAUUCCGUACACGAGUUUUAAUUAAAGUGUCAACUUACGAGACGUGUCGCAAUAGCCUGUAAGUACCGCCACAGCCAUCUCUCUCACAAGGAGGGUCAACUUCCUUCUCACUCUUGUAACUGCGGUAGCAUCCAGGUCGAGGGCAUGCUUGGUUGUCGCAUUUGUAGAUCUUGGCGUUGGC